AAGUCGGAUUGGCCUGAGCCCCAAAGAGAAUGGAAGGAGGGGAGUUGUAGCCACAAGGACAGACAGAGGAGCAAAGCAGGCGGGCAGCAGCCGGUGGCCCUCAUCCCACUGUGUUCCCCUGCCCUUCCCUCCAGCCGAUCAACCAUCUUCGUGCGUCUCCACACCAACGGGAAUCAGGAGCUGCAGUACCAGCCCGGGGACCAUCUGGGCGUCUUCCCCGGCAACCACGAGGACCUCGUGAAUGCCCUGAUCGAGCGGCUGGAGGAUGCACCCCCGGUCAACCAGCUGGUGAAGGUGGAGCUGCUAGAGGAGCGAAACACGGCUUUGGGGGUUAUCAGUAACUGGACCGAUGAGCAUCGCCUCCCACCCUGCACCAUCUUCCAGGCCUUCAAGUACUACCUGGAUAUCACCACGCCUCCAACGCCACUGCAGCUGCAGCAGUUUGCCUCUCUGGCCACCAGUGAGAAAGAGAAGCAGCGUCUGCUGGUCCUCAGCAAGGGUUUGCAGGAGUACGAGGAAUGGAAAUGGGGCAGGAACCCGAACAUCGUGGAGGUGCUGGAGGAGUUCCCAUCCAUCCAGAUGCCCGCCACCCUGCUCCUGACCCAGCUGUCGCUGCUGCAACCUCGCUACUAUUCCAUCAGCUCCUCCCCGGACAUGUACCCCCACGAGGUGCACCUCACCGUGGCCGUCGUCUCCUACCGCACCCGAGAUGGAGAAGGACCGAUUCACCACGGUGUGUGCUCCUCCUGGCUCAACCGGAUCCAGGCUGACGAACUGGUGCCCUGUUUCGUGAGAGGAGCGCCCAGCUUCCACCUGCCCCGAAAUCCCCAAGUGCCCUGUAUCCUGGUUGGCCCGGGCACGGGCAUUGCCCCUUUCCGAAGCUUCUGGCAGCAACGGCAAUUUGAUAUCCAACACAAAGGAAUGAGUCCCUGCCCCAUGGUCCUGGUCUUCGGGUGCCGGCAGUCCAAGAUCGACCACAUCUACAGGGAGGAGACCCUACAGGCCAAGAGCAAGGGGGUCUUCAGAGAACUGUACACAGCCUACUCCCGGGAGCCAGACAAACCAAAGAAGUACGUGCAGGACAUCCUACAGGAGCAGCUGGCAGAACCCGUGUACCGAGCCCUGAAGGAGCAAGGGGGCCACAUUUACGUCUGCGGGGACGUCACCAUGGCAGCCGAUGUCCUCAAAGCCAUCCAGCGCAUCAUGACCCAGCAGGGGAAGCUCUCGGUGGAGGAUGCCGGCGUGUUCAUCAGCAGGCUGAGGGAUGACAACCGGUACCAUGAGGAUAUUUUCGGGGUCACCCUGCGCACAUAUGAAGUGACCAACCGCCUUAGAUCUGAAUCCAUUGCCUUCAUUGAGGAGAGCAAAAAGGACACAGAUGAGGUUUUCAGCUCCUAACUGGACCCUCUCGCCCAGGUGGAUGGCAGGGUGACCACACCACUGCACUCGGCCAAGAUGGCUGCAGGUUUUGUAAGCACGGACACUGCUGAACCUUUCCUUCGGGCCCGCACAUGGCCCCUGCUCUGCCUCCUGUCCUGUCGCCGUGUCCUGGUCCUCCUCUCCUGGGUUCUCACCUCUCAGUGGUUUCCUGGCCCUCUUGGGUUUUCUCCUUGAGUUCUCCUGCUGCAGUGCAAUGCCUUCAUAAUCCGCAGUGGCUCUUACGAAACUGUUUCCCUCUCUCUCUCUUUCUGACAAGGGCAAAUCACCGCUGCAUGAAACCACUGGAACGUGGCUGUGGCUCGUGUUAGGGUGUUUUCUGGGGUUUGCCCUGGAGAGGCUGCAGGGACCGGACGGAAGAGCCUUUUGAGCUAGUCCCUCAGCUUGUCCUUUUUUAUGAUGACGUUCUGGUUGUGUGUGUGUGAGCGUGUGUUGGGCCUGGGUCUCCCUCCGUCCUCUUGGUCGUGCAGGCAUGUCGCCUGCAGACCCUCAGUGCCAAGAAAUACGCCCCGGCCCAUACUGGGGCCUCACACAUCCAUAAUUAAGGGCCUGUGCUAGCAUGCCUGAAACACUUGGAAGCAUCCUAAUUGUCCUGGUUAUGUAGGGUCAGGGCAUGGAGGUGGGUUGUGAUGAUCAAGGGGAAACUCUCCAGUGAAAGGGGAAAUCACUGAAUCAGGUGCAUUUAGAUGCUGGCCCCAGUUAGCGGAGCCCUUACUGGGAAAUUAACCCAUCUAAUGGGUUGGGCAAACCUGCUCCCCGACCCCACACAGCCCAGGAUCAAAUCAGGAUAGCCUGACUUGGCACUCCCACCCACGAGACCAGAAGUAAUGUUGUCCAAGGGAAUGAGCUGGAAAUAAGAAUCUUCCCGUCUUUGCCACCGGCUAACUUUGGACAACAUCACUUGUCCUUAGUUUCCACUAACUGUAAUGUUAUGAAGCCAAAAAGUAUGAAUGGAUCAAACUUUAAAGUUGUGGAGAUUGAAAACGGUAUCAAGGAAGAAUAUCACUGUUAUUUUUUUUAUUCCGCCAAAUGGGGCUUGCUGUUUCACCCCUGGGGUUAAAGUGAUGGAAGCCGGUGAGAGCAGAUCAGGUUGGAGAGGGACUCCGUCAUGAGGUAUCUCACGGCUUCCUCUACAGGACCCCAGCCAGGGUGGGGAGUACCUGCCCUCAUGCUUUUGGUCUUCUAAAAGGGAUCCCCCCAAUUUUUAACCUGAUAAGAUAAUUUUGACAAAUAAAUUAUCCUCAACUCAGAUCAAAAACAGGCAGGAAAGUCUUUGGUAGGAAUCAGGGCAGGUACAGUUUCUCCCAGGCAGACCUGAGAGAGUUCAUCUUCUCAGAGGAAAUGGGGUGGAAGGGUCCCUUUCUACAUUUAAGUGCUAAAAAUCAAUGGUGAGCAGCACCCAGAGAGAGCCAAGAAGUUCCACUGACCCCCCAGGAACUGCCUUCCCAGGGUUGAAAGGCAAGCAGUCAUCCAGUUCUGAUCUUCCGUCUUGUUUCGUUUUGUCUUGUCCGAUGGAAAGACAGCUUUUUCUUUCGGUACAGCACACGGGCAUUUCUUUCUCGAUGCUCAGUUUGGAGGCCUGCCAAAGGGAGAGAGCCCUGGCUCUUUCUGGAAGGGCCUUAGAUAGGGGGUGCCAAAGAGGUGUCCCCAGGAGGGGACAACCUUAGAGACUCUUUUUUUUUUUUUUAACAUCUUUAUUGGAGUAUAAUUGCUUUACAAUGGUGUGUUAGUUUCUGCUUUACAACAAAGUGGAUCAGUUCUACAUAUACAUAUGUUCCCAUAUUAAAGACAAAGGGCAAACUCUAUGUCGCCUUUUUCCACCCUUCCCGGCAGCCCCUGCUGGUAUCGCAUCCCCGGCACUCGGAGUUUGCCUUCGUGCCAGUUAUGAUUUCCCUGCCUGCCUUUAAUCCUGUUUCCCCCUGCUCAGGCUUCCAUGGCACAGAGACCAAGCCCUUGGCAUGCUUGGCCGACCCUCUCUGACCAGGAGGGAAGCCCAUUCUAAACCCUUUAUUUCCUGCAAACGUGAUUCUGGCCAGUAGCUCUCCUCCCGGAGGCUUCCUUCCCAACCCUUUGAGCCUUUUGGAGACACCUCCUAAGAUGUCACUAGCUCCCCAGGGACUGAACCACUGUGUCCAACCUCCAUCAUAGAGGAAUUAAUCAGUGCUUCCUUUUCCAAAUCAAGCUUUAUGCAUGAAUGCUUUUGCAUCGCCAAAUAAAUACUUACGAGCACUUACUCCAUGCCAGGCACUCUCUUCGUAUAGCCCUGCCCUUCUAGUAGCAGGCAGACAGAGAAAAAUAUCAUCUUGCUUUAUCAGGGAGUCUAAAGAAAUGAUUAUAUCACCAGGAUUCAUCUUGCUUCCCGAGAACGAUUGUUUUGUGUUUUUUUAAGUAAACACCUUUCAACCCUCAACACAAGCUGCUUCAUAACUCCUGGCUGGAGGACAGGAGAUUGGUCUGAUGUGUUUCUCUCAUUUGCCAGAAUCUCUGAUACCAAGAGCCUCGCUGUAAUGAACCUAUCCAGAGGCAGAGGGGAGUGGAGCCCUGAUUUCAGGCUCAGCUCUGAUCCAGGGUGGCUAAAUGCUGCUCUCUUGUGGUGGUUUGUAGUUCAGUCCCAGUAGCCUGCCAAUUUUGGGGUAACAGUAGGUGAACAGAAAUAGGGUUGCCUGGGCAUUUGGGGGUCGCCUUAGUUGCAGGCCUCUUAUUUCUCUUGCGCUCUCUUGACUUGGUCAGCCGUAGCUCCACCUCCACUUGACAAAAGUGAGUUUGGCCAGGAGGGAUGAGACAGUCCCUGCCACAGGAAAGCUGGGACAGUCAUGUUCUCCUGUUGUCGCUGUGAACUCUGUUCCUGCACCUUGUGUUGCGAAAGAAGCAGAAAUCGUUAAACCCCCUGAGAGGAUACAGGUUUUGGUUUCUAUGGAGUAAGACAGCCAGGUAUCUUUGCUUCGGGGGAAUGCUUCAGACCCACCAAAAUGGAGUUUUAGAAGCAGACCCGAGUCCAAAUGCUAACUCUGCCCCUGUUUCUGUAGACAGCUGUGAGCUGGUGACCUAACCUUUCUGAGCCUACAUAUCUACCUGUAUCACAAGGUGGAUUAAAUGAGAUAAUGCCCAUAAAAUGUCCAGUUACAGUACCUGGCCCAUUAUAAACUAUCAAAUUGUGUUUCACUUAACCUAUAUCAUUUCUUGCCUCUCCAGUGUGCAGAAGGCACCGUGGAGUGUACCGUGCAAAACACAUUUCCUCUCUUACAGAAGGUUAGGAUCUGGGAUGCAGAGACACAAUUCUUAGAAUCUACAUGCAGGUCUGGGGUUUGAGCAAUCGGUGGAAUUCCACCAGCAGGUUUGGGGAAGGGAGAUUGCCAGGCUGUAGGAAGAGAGAGGAGAAAGACACGGACAGGGAGCAUACGGGGUAAAUUGGGGCUGGCUUCAGACAUGGCCCAGCUUUGGAAGGCUGCGGAAGGUAGGGGUACACUGCGGAGCUAGGCAGGGAACAGACAGAAUUUUGUCAAGGGAUUUUGGCUUUAUUUGGUAGGCAACACAGGGUCCUUAGGAGUGCUUUUAAAAGGGGAAAAGAAGGUGAUCCGGGUUAUGCUUGGAAAAGAAUGUUCUGGCUACAGCACAGAGCCUGGAUGGCUGGCCUGUUGAACUAUUGGUUGGUUAUUGCAGAAACCCAAGGCUUGAAUGAGGGACAGGGCAGAUGCAGUGAUAAAGACAUUCCGGUGGUUGAUUCCGACCUGUGGUGCAGGAUGAGAACAAAGGGAGAGUCAAGAGCGGUGCCUCUAGGCUGAGAAAUGGGUCUCAGGAGAAAAAACAGACUCCAAGUAAAGCUGAGUUUUCAGAACUGACAUGAUAGCCAGCUUCUUCCCGAGUCAACAGGGUGGAUCCUUCCGAGGUCCAGCCACGCCUAGAUGGGCAGAAAGAGAACUGACCCCAGGCCAAUAGACAUCGGCCUUAGAACUCGGGCUUUCCUUGCCAAACCGUGCCCCCACCCCGUCUCCACCCUGUUUUCCAUGUUGUCGUGUCAUCGUUGUGAUCCUAAGACCCACUCCGGGCUCAGCAGUGGUUACCUGGGGGGCGCAGGGUGCGGGGAGGGGGUCGCCCUGCGUUGCUGCGCCAGUGGUGGUGGGUUUCCGUUCCUUCCGGGGCUGGGGAGCCAGGGAGGUGGGCCAAGCCGGUGUCACCUGUCACUGAACGCGCUGCCAGAAUCUCGGACCUCCCCCUACCUCUGAGCUCUCAAUGCUGCUAAUCUCCGCCAAGUGUCCCGUGUGCUCCAGCACCUUCUCGAAGGACUGACGCCCGCCCCAUGCUCUCUGCGAGGUUGUCCAGGCUGUGCUCGCCGCAUGCUCUUCUUCUGUAUAAUUCUCAUCUUCUAAUUUGAUGGAAUUCAACAAAAGUCUAUUUAUGCCUGUUUGCAUCAUGGUCAAAAUAUUAAAAAGUGGACUCGACUCGACU